AUGGGAGGGUGCUUCUCCUUGGACGGCGACGUGCGCGGCGGCAUGGAGGCCGUCGGCGGCGGCGGCGGCGUGAGGAGCCAGGGCGGUGCGGCGGCGGCGUCUGCCCAGCAGGGCGGGCCGAACGACGCGGUCGACUAUUUCUUCCAGACGCGCGGCCUCCGCGGCCUCUACACGCCCAUCGAGCUGUCAUUUUCAGCAUUGAAGUUGCGGAAUUUAGAUGCCUUUUCAAAGAGUGAUCCUAUGCUAGUGGUCUACACUAACAUAAAAGGAAAACUAGAGGAGAUUGGCCGUACUGAAGUGAUUUUAAAUUCACUGGAGCCCUCAUGGAUCACAAAGGUUACAAUGUCUUACCAAUUUGAGAUUGUGCAACCACUCAUAUUUAGGAUGUAUGAUAUUGACACAAAGUACCACAACACUCCAGUGAAGAUGUUGAAUUUGUCUCAGCAAGAUUUUCUGGGGGAAGCAUGCUGCAACUUAUCAGAGAUUGUAACAAAAUUUAACCAUAGCCUGACAUUGAAUCUUCGGAGUGAUUGUGGACAUGGACUUCAUGGAACAAUCACAGUACAUGCUGAAGAAAGUGACUCCUCUAGAAUGGCAGUUGAGAUGACUCUGCAUUGCGUGAACUUGGAAAACAAAGAUGUGUUCUCCAAAAGUGAUCCCUUCUUAAGAAUAUCUAAAGUGGUAGAGACUGCUGGUCCCAUUCCUAUCUGCAAAACGGAAGUAGUACCUGACAACUUGAACCCUGUUUGGAGACCAAUCACUUUAACAUCACAGCAGUAUGGAAGCAAGGAUAACCCACUUCUAGUUGAGUGUUUUGAUUUUAAUUCCAGUGGUGACCAUGUACUGAUAGGGGCCUUCCAGACAACUAUUACUCAGCUUGAAAAUCUAUAUACCUCAAAGUCUGGAGCAAAUUUUUACAGCCACAAGGGACAAAGAAAGAUGAAAGGACAAUUGUUUGUGGACAAGUUGCAGGAAACAGUCCAGCAUACUUUCUUAGACUAUAUUUCCAGUGGAUUUGAGCUCAAUUUCAUGGUGGCUGUAGAUUUUACUGCUUCGAAUGGAGACCCACGUGUACCACAGUCCUUGCACUACAUUGACCCCUCUGGCAGACCUAAUUCGUAUCAACAGGCAAUACUUGGGGUUGGCGAAGUUCUGCAAUUUUAUGACACUGAUAGGCGAUUUCCUGCAUGGGGUUUUGGAGCAAGGGCUCAAGGUCAUGUAUCACAUUGUUUUAACUUGAAUACUGCUACAAAUGACUGUGAGGUGGUUGGAGUUGAAGGCAUUAUGUCAGCAUACACCUCUUCUCUUUACAGUGUUUCCCUUGCUGGGCCGACUAUGUUCGGGCCCGUGAUCAACAAAGCUGCAGAAAUUGCAAGCCAGUCCCUUCAAUAUUCAAACAAUAAAUAUUUUGUCCUUCUCAUUAUCACGGAUGGAGUUCUCAGUGACAUCCAAGAAACAAAAGAUUGUAUUGUAAGGGCAUCAGACCUGCCAUUGUCGAUUCUCAUUGUCGGCGUUGGAAACGCUGAUUUCAAACAAAUGGAGAUCUUAGAUGCAGACAACGGUAAGCGACUGGAAAGCUCUACUGGCAGGAUUGCGACACGCGACAUCGUCCAGUUUGUCCCCAUGAGGGAAGUCCAAGGUGGGGAGAUCUCCGUCGUACAAUCUCUUCUGGAGGAACUGCCCGGUCAGUUCCUGCAGUACAUGCGCACUCGGGGGAUCAAGCCACAGCAGCAGCAGGCUCCGGGGCUUGCUUCAGCGCCCGUUUACCCUCCUCAGCAGUGA